AUGGAACAUCACCUACCUCAUCACCAUGCCGCCCAUCAUCACCACAGUACGCCGCUGCACUGGGGUUACUCCACGACCGCGGCAACAACGCCAAGUGCAACUUCCACGCCGACGCACGCCGGUCACAAUACGUGGACGCCGCCGUCCUCCAAGGGCCACAAGCGGACGCUGUCCGAGAGUGACUGCGAGGAUCUCUACUCAGAGGAAUCGUCCAAGGAGCAUACAUCACCGGGCGAAUCUGACAGCUGUCAACUGUUGAGUCGCAAAAGGCGCCGCGGCGUGAUCGAGAAGAAACGCCGGGACCGGAUCAACUCCUCGCUGACCGAGCUGAAGCGGCUGGUGCCGAGCGCGUACGAGAAGCAGGGCUCGGCCAAGCUGGAGAAGGCCGAAAUCCUGCAACUGACGGUUGACCAUCUGAAGGCGCUACACGCACGAGGACUCGAUGAUGCCAGCUACGAUCCGCAACGGUUCGCGAUGGACUAUCACAUCAUUGGCUUCCGGGAGUGUGUCGCCGAAGUGGCCCGUUACCUGGUCACGAUCGAAGGGAUGGACGUGCAGGAUCCCCUUCGAUUGCGGCUAAUGUCUCACCUGCAGUGCUUCGCAACCCAGCGCGAACUGUCCUCGAAAGCGAAUGCCGCCUCCGCUACCAGCCCGGCAUGGUCCCACGGGAGUACCACGGCAUAUCCGGUGGCGGCCGCCGCCGUUGCCUACCCUUCAACACACCAUGGCACGAGCGGAUACUACCAUCCUCACCAGAACUACGGACCACACCAGAGUGCGACCGCUCCGUACAUUCCUCAGGUGGCCACCAUACCACCGCCCCACGAACACCUCCACCACCAGCAACAGCAGCAGCAACAGCAGCAACAACAGCAACAGCUGACCGGUGGGCAUCAAUCGACCGCUUCUUCGGCAGCGACCGCGGCCAUUUACGCGUCCAGUGCGCCGCUGCAUGAGCUAUACAGCAGCCAGCACGAUUCGGCCGCUAAUGGGCAACAACAGCAGCAGCAGCAGCAACAACAGCAACAAGCUGACCAACAGCAACAAGCCGGUGCCGGGUCGGCCAACAACGGCGCCCCUACCUACACGGAGCUGUCCAACCACAACCCCAACCGUGGGCUAUCGGCGUACGGUAACCCGCAGUACCCCGUGAGCACAUCAACUCACGGCUACAAUACGGCCGCCAAGCCUUAUCGUCCUUGGGGCGCCGAAAUGGCCUGUUAG